AUGAGAAGAUUUUCUACAUCUUCAAGUACAUCAACAAGUCAAAGACAAAUGUUUCCACCUUCAUUACCUGCACCACCUUAUCCAGCUCCAGAUCUUAGUCCAGUAAAAAAUCAAUCACGAAGAACAUCUGCACCAGCUGUACCUCAUCGAAGUAAUCUAACUGUUGACAAUUGUAACAACAAUAGACCUAACCAGAAUAAUAAUAUUGAGACUACAGAUUUGAAAAGAUAUCCUAUUAAAACAGAUGAAAAAAUUACAAAUGAAUUAUCUCCAAAAUAUUGGCUUCAUAGUCCACCACAAUCAUUAAUAGCAGAAAGUGUUUCCCAUUCUGAAUUCGAUAGGUUACUCAUAGCUAAUGAAAACUUUUCGACAGAAAAUGAUUUCAUAAAUAAAAUAAAAAAUAAUUCAAUAUCUAAAUCAAAUCUAUCACAAAAACAAUAUGAAAGAAAAAUUAAAAAAGAAAAUCAAUUAAAUGAUCAAGAAACUUGUUCUAACUCAUUAAAGCCAACUUCAUCGGAUGAGAGUAGGAAUCCUUUAAAUGUACCAGAUCAAACAUGUCUUAGUGAAAGAUUGAUAAAUGAUCAUAACAAUUCGAAUAAAGUCAAUCUAUUGAAUAACAGUAGUAGUACUACUACUACUACAUUCAAUAAUACUUUAGAUAGGAAAACAAAAAAGACUAAUCAUCAAUCUGUUAUGUCAAAUGAACGAAAAGUUGGAUCUACUAAUCAAUCUCUAUUAGAUCAAAUGAAUAUUUAUCAUACAAAUCUAAAUAAAGUUGAAUUAGCUAAACGUUGUUGGGAAAAUAUGUCUAAUAAAGUAAACGAUCUAUGUUUAAGAUCUAGUAGUGUUGAUUGUACAUAUCGAACUUCUGAAAAUAAAAAUAAAAGACAAUCUAAUGAAUAUUUAGGAAAAACUUCACGAUUCAAAGCUUCAUCAGUGUGUAUAAGCCCAAUUUCAUCAAAUCAUAGUAAUAAUUCACCAAUUAUUGAUUCUAAUAUAAAUCAAUUACAAUCAUUUCCUAAAAAAAAUAAUCAAUUAGAUAAUAAUAAUAAUAAAAUAAAAUAUAUAGGUAAAGGAUAUUCACCUUCAUUUAUUCGUUUAAUGACUGAUCAUGAAUUAGAUAAUAAUGAUAAUAAUAAUAAUGAACAAAAUUGUGAUCAAAUAUCUGAUCCAGAUCAAUUAAAUGAUCACUAUUCUAAUUCAACAUUAACUCUUACUGAAAAUACACAAACAACUAAAGAUCAUGAUCAUGAUCAUGAUCACCAUCAUUAUCAUAAAAUCAAUUCAAAUAAUUCAAUGAAACAAAUGAUAUUCAAUGAAAAACGUUUAUGUCGAAGUAAUAUAGAAUUUUCUAAUUAUAAUAAAGAAAAAUAUUUGAAUUAUUAUCAUGAAUAUUUACGUCCUCAAUCACUGACAUUAAAACGUCAUUGUAUCCGAUAUCAAAAUCAUAAUCAUAAAGUUAAUCUAUCUUCUAGUAUAUCAUCAGAUGAUCUUCAAAGAACUAAUCGACAUACUGAUAAUGAUCAUAUAAUCAAAAAUACAAAAAAAAUCACCCCUACACAUUUAUUGAUUAUAUAA